AGCUGUUUUUCCAGCCCAAACGGUUCUUUUUGCAGCCACGAGAGUCCCCUGUUCGACUUCAUCGAGAGCUGCCUGAGGAACAAGCACGAGAUGGUGAUUUAUGAAGCCGCCUCUGCCAUCAUCCACCUCCCCAACUGCACUGCCCGGGAGCUGGCACCCGCCGUGUCAGUGUUGCAGCUUUUCUGCAGUUCCUCCAAGCCCGUCCUGAGGUACGCGGCCGUUCGCACCCUCAACAAAGUGGCCAUGAAACACCCCUCUGCAGUCACUGCCUGCAACCUGGACCUGGAGAACCUGAUCACCGACUCCAACCGCAGCAUCGCCACCUUGGCCAUCACCACGCUGCUCAAGACGGGCAGCGAGAGCAGCGUGGACAGGCUCAUGAAGCAGAUCUCCUCCUUCGUGUCAGAGAUCUCAGAUGAGUUUAAGGUGGUGGUGGUGCAGGCCAUCAGUGCCCUGUGCCAGAAGUACCCUCGGAAGCACAGCGUCAUGAUGACCUUCCUGUCCAACAUGCUCAGGGAUGAUGGAGGCUUCGAGUACAAACGCGCCAUCGUGGACUGCAUCAUCAGCAUCAUCGAGGAGAACCCCGAGAGCAAGGAGGCCGGGCUGGCCCACCUGUGCGAGUUCAUCGAGGACUGCGAGCACACCGUGCUGGCCACCAAGAUCCUGCACCUGCUGGGCAAGGAGGGGCCCCGCACGCCCGCCCCCUCCAAGUACAUCCGCUUCAUCUUCAACAGGGUGGUGCUGGAGAACGAGGCCGUCAGGGCCGCUGCCGUCAGCGCCCUGGCAAAGUUUGGGGCCCAGAAUGAGAAUCUGCUUCCCAGUAUCCUGGUGCUGCUGCAGAGGUGAGUUUUGGGG